AUGAGCUGGAGUUUCCUGACGCGUCUCCUGGACGAGAUAUCCAACCACUCUACCUUUGUGGGCAAGAUCUGGCUCACGCUGCUCAUCGUCUUCCGCAUUGUGUUGACUGCUGUGGGAGGCGAGUCCAUCUACUACGAUGAACAGAGCAAGUUUGUGUGCAAUACGCACCAACCCGGUUGCGAGAAUGUGUGCUACGACGCCUUUGCACCGCUCUCGCACAUCCGCUUCUGGGUCUUCCAGGUGAUCAUGAUCACCACCCCCACCAUCAUGUACCUGGGCUUCGCCAUGCACAAAAUCGCCCGCAUGGACGACGAUGAGUACAGGCCCCGCGGGAAGAGUAUGCCCAUGGUGAGCCUAGGGACCAACCGGAACUACGAGGAGGCGGAGGACAAUGGCGAGGAGGACCCCAUGAUCUCGGAGGAGAUCGAGUUGGAGAAGAAGGAGAAGCCUAGCAAGAAGCAUGACGGGCGCCGGCGCAUCAAGCGCGACGGCCUCAUGAAGGUGUACGUGUUCCAGCUGCUGUCGCGUGCUGCUUUCGAGGUCUCCUUUCUGUUCGGCCAGUACAUCCUCUACGGCCUGGAGGUGUCUCCCUCGUACAUGUGCACACGCUCACCCUGCCCACACACAGUGGACUGCUUCGUGUCGCGUCCCACGGAGAAAACCAUCUUCCUGCUCAUCAUGUAUGCGGUGAGUGCCCUCUGUCUGCUCUUCACCGUGCUGGAGAUCCUCCACCUGGGUUAUAGCGGCAUACGGGACUGUUACUGCCGCCCUCGUCCUCGCCCCCCAACCCCCCACCAACUGGCCAGUCAGCGUCCCUCACUAAGUGGCCGCCAGGUACCCACAGCUCCUCCGGGCUACAACACAGCGCUGAAGAAGGACCCCAAGGGCAUGCGAUUGGAUUACAACCUGGGCGACUCGGGCCGUGAGUCGUUUGGGGACGAGGCAUCUCAGCGGGAGCUGGAGAGGCUAAGAAGGCAUCUGAAGCUGGCCCAGCAGCACCUGGACCUGGCCUACCAGAAUGAGGACAACAGCAGCACGUCGCGGAGCAACAGCCCAGAGUCCAACGGGACGGCCGUGGAGCAGAACCGCCUCAACUUUGCCCAGGAGAAGCAAAGCAGCACCUGCGAGAAAGGUGAGUAG